AUGAGCUUCGCCUUCGACAUCGUCUUCAUAUCAUUUGUUACUGCCAUCCUGUUUAGGAAUGCCAGACCAGCAGAGUAUGGCUGUGAAAGAAGAUGGAUCUAUGAUUCGGCUAACGGACAUUGCUACUUCUAUCAUUUAGAAUUCCUAACUUGGGUCCAAGCCAGGGAUUCGUGCAUAAGUCUAGGUGCUAAUUUGACUAGCAUACACAGUUCAGAGGAAGAUGGAUUCAUAAUGGGAUUUAUCAACAACUAUGUGUGGAUUGGGGCAACCGACAUGGAGAAUGAAGGAGUAUUGAAAUUUACUGAUGGAACUCCUGUGGAUUUUGAAUUUUUUGGCAAUACAACUGGACACGGAUGGCUACAUGCAAAACGCGAUUGCGUUGCUAAAAGACACACAAAUAGCUACUGGUACUAUUACUUUUGUACUCGCACACAUUUUUUUCGAAGUGUCUGCAAAAAACGUCAUCAACUUAUUACCACUACUUUUCCUGCCACCACUACUAUUCCUGCCACCACUCUUAUUCCUGCCACCACUACUAUUCCUACCACCACUACUAUGCCUGCCACCUCUACUAUGCCUGCCACCACUACUAUUCCUGCCACCACUACUAUGCCUGCCACCACUACUAUUCCUGCUACCACUACUAUUCCUGCUACCACUACUAUGCCUGCCACCACUACUAUGCCUGCCACCACUACUAUUCCUGCCACCUCUACUUUGCCUGCCACCACUACUAUGCCUGCCACCUCUACUAUGCCUGCCACCACUACUAUUCCUGCCACCACUACUAUGCCUGCCACCACUACUAUUCCUGCCACCACUACUUUGCCUGCCACCACUACUAUUCCAGUAACCACUGCUAUUCCUGCCACCACAAUAGAAGGGAUGAGUAUUACAGCUGUUAUUCCUGAUCUUACUUCUUUUGCUACGGGUAGAACAAGCAGCUUCAGUGAUAUAAUACAAAUCGAAUUUCUGCUUUUUCCAAGUGUCGAGUCAAGCAUUGAUCACAUGUUUCAGGUCAACGACACCAUCCUUGUUAUUGCAUCUAUUUUUGGCUCCUUUCAACCGAUUUCAUCUCAGAUCAUUUGGUCCAUCACAGACCUUCUGUCAGGUGUCUCUUUUGAGUAUACCGUCUAUUCUGAAGAUGCAGUGCUUCUCUCUCUAACCAUACCUUCAGUUUUCACCAUUGAUGCAACUGCCAUUGGAAAGACUUACAACCUUACAACCACGGCAAAUGCAACGGUACUUCCCACCACCCAUAUACUCUGUCCAACUCAUGUCUUUACAAAUCAAGUAAUGUGGUGCGCCCUUCUGACAGACAGCAUCGUCGAGCAUUCAAGUUAUACCUUCUGCUUUGAGCACUCUGCCGACUCCUGCUUGACUACCAACCCAAGAUCGUGGUCUCUGAGUGACGUCCCCAGUGCCUUGACAGAAAGUGUGUCUAGCAUGGAUGGAUAUUUUGCUAGUUUUCUCAGUCACAGAUAUUCCUCGCUCGGCACUUAUGAAGUUUCUUCUUGGGUAUUCCAUACUUUGGCUGCAAAGGUGAAUGUGACAGUCAAGCAAUCAUGUAUCAGCAGUCUGACCGUGGAGGCCAAAGAGAUGUGUAAUAGUCUGUAUCCUGGUGUACACUUCAAGGCUUUCAAUAUUCAUGUCAUGGCCCAUAUGGAGAUUGAUGAACGGUGCAUUGAACCCAUGAGCACUCAUUUGAAGUGGUGGAUAGUCACAUCAGAUGUUGACGGUGCCAUAGUUACUGUUUUUGAAAGGAUCACACAUACACAUCAAGUGACGAUUCCAGGGGGAAUUCUGCCUUAUGGUGCUCAUAGUUUAAAUCUGAAAGCUGAAACACGUAAAAAGGCAUCAGAGGAAAUCAUUGUUGAAGAACAUAUCGCCACUCGAUUGGAAAUCCAGCCAUCCUCGUUAGUAGCAGUUAUCAAUGGUGGAGCCUCAAGGUCACAUGGUGUAUCGUCCAGUUUGGUAGUGAAUGGAUCAACUUCAUAUGACCCUGAUGUGACUGAUGGGUCAUCCAGUGAUCUGACCUUUGUGUGGUAUUGUUUAAUGGUUGAUGGUGAAACCAUGUACGUGUCUAUGGAUGAAGCAAUGCAACAUAUAGAUGAUGCAUGUUUUGAAGGUGAAAUACUAAUGCACUCAACCUCAUCAACAUUGGUUGUAAUGGCCAACAAGCUUAAUGCUGAUGUGACAAUGGAUUUCUGGCUCAAUGUUUUGAAAGAGGGAAGAGUAUCUGGGCUAACAAAACAAAGAAUCCAUUUGAAGUCGGGGCGAUUACCAGACGUACAAAUCAGAUGCAUCAGUAAUUGCAACACGUACUUAUCAACAGUCGAGCGUCUUGUCCUGCAUGCCUCAUGCAGCAACUGUAACAGUGAAGACGUGUCUUUCCAAUGGAGUGUUGAAUCAGAUGGCAGCACAGUUUUCAGUGACUUAUCUACCAAUACUACAACAGGUCUUGACCAACCCUACCUGGUCAUCAAACCUCAUACCUUUGAUUCCUUUUCUGAAAGCACUGGCAUUGCUUUACGAGUUACAGGCUUUCAGUCUACCUUUGAUUCUGAAGGCUACGCUGAGUUCAUUGUCAACUUGAAUGCUCCACCGGCACUAGGCUGUUUUGUUGUGACACCCAGAGAAGGACAUGCCCUCCAAACUGAUUUCACUGUGAUAUCGUUUGGUUUCAUCAGUGUGGAUAAACCCUUGACAUAUCGAAUUGUUUCAUUCAACCGUGUGGAUUUUGCGAAUGGAGAAUUUGUGGGCAGAGGAGAGGGUUUUCUUCUGUAUGAAGGGAGCAAGGGGCUCAUAGAUGAUAUAUAUCUUCCAGUUGGAGAUAGUUCUUAUGAUUACACUGUACUGCUACAAAUCAUUGCUCAAGAUUGCUACGGGGCUAGUACAACAAUAUUUGUUACCGCAAAUGUUUAUCCUCCGACCACACUUUCCCAACCUCCAACUGAACAGGAAUACCUGGAGAUGAGGUUGUCUGUUGGAUCCAGUGUGCACGCAUUAUUAGCCGUAGGAGACAUUGGACGAGCUGCACAGGUCAUCCAUGUUCUCGGAUCAAUUCUUAAUGUCAUUGGAGAAGAGGUUGCUACUAGUGAGGAUGAAGAGGGAAGAGGGAGCAGAGCAGAGAUUCGUUCUUCUUUCAUCGACAUUAUUGCUGCAAUGCCAAUAGAAUCAAUGACCUCUCUGCUACAGAACUCUGCUGCUCUUGCUUGUAUUACUCGAAACAAUCAAGAAAUUUUAACUGAUGUGCAGAUGGAAGCUGUAAAUGUUCUUACUGAAAUGACAUCAUUCCUGAAUUCAAAAUCUGGAUCUUGCACCCAAGCUCAAGAAAAUAUUGAGUCUGCUGGUAGAAUUCUGAUUGAGGGGCUGUCAAACAUCUUAAUUUCUGCAGAGGAUUACCUACAAGAAGACCAUUAUAAGAAUUUGAUGGAAGUUGCCAUGUCUACGACCAGUGACAUCCAAGAUGCUAUAGUUGCAGGCAAGAUUCCCAGUGAAGAAGCUACCAUCAUAACAUCGCCUACACUGAGCUUAGCAGUGGGGAGUAUCAGCAAGGACAAACUGGCUGAGACAACCUUCAGGGGAUCAGAGACCACUGGUAGCUUUAGAAUGCCUUCAAAGGACGACAUUCAUCACAGUAUGGAACAUGUCCACGACUCAGUUGUCGGAAUCAAGAUGGCAGCAUGGAGUAGGAACCCUUUCCCUUGGGUAGCUGGCGGUGACUCUGUCAGGUCCAGUAUUGUAGAGAUUCAGCUGAUGGGGGAUCAUGUACUAGACUUCCAUGAAUUGACUGCGGAUAUCGAUAUCCAAAUACCAAUGAGAGACACUCUUUUGACCAAUCCCAUUGCGGUGCACCUUACGAAGAAUGCCUCGGCUUCAGUUAUUAUUGACCACUCGUCCUUGCCUGAGGAGGGCGCCCUUUACCUUACAAUCUUGGCUGAGACUGAGCCCUUGGUGGUCCUGUCUGUCUGUACAGCUAUUAACAAUACUCAGGAGCCAAGCUGUCUUGGAAGUCAUCUAAUUUUGAGUGUUGAUAAUACACCAGUUGAUAGUCCUGCUAAUUACACAUGGAAUAUCCCCUUAAAUGAUUUGAGUGCCUCAAAUGGGAUCAUGUUAAGGUUGCAUGAUGGCAAAGAUCAGCCCGAGUAUGAAGAUGACAACAUCACACUCUCUGUUUUCAUGCACACCUUACAGUGUAUUUUUUGGCAUGAAGACCGAGAAGGAUGGGACAGCGAAGGAUGCAAGGUCGGUCCUCUCUCUAAUCCUUCCUCAACCCACUGCCAAUGCAAUCAUCUGACUUUCUUGGGAGUCUCUGUUCUUGUCCCACCGAGCCAAGUCACUAUUUUCAACGAUCCCAUGCCUGUUGAAAGCAGUCACAGUCAUCAUCAUGACGACGAACAUCCUGGCUUGCACUUCUUCCUUUGGGUCGUAAUAGGCUAUUUUUCAUACUGCUUACUAAUUUUGAUAUGUAUGGGAUGUUUGAUUGGGAUAAAAAUUUUCAUUGAUAGGUAGCAUUGUAGCAAAUUUGGUGACUAUAACAUUGAUUACAAGAAAUAGCAGCUUUGCCCCAUUUUUAUGCAUCAAUCAGGCACGGAUUGUGAAGCUCACAAUCAAUUUUAUAGUGAUCAGAAAUGGUAAGUCAAAUCAUCCCAUUGAUAUAUGAAUCUAUUUGAACUAUUAACCUCUCAAAAAUUUGUUAUAUUAAUAUGAAUCCAUGUUUGAUGAUCUCAUGAGUUGUCUGCAGAACUAAAGACAAAACUUAUUUUGUGCAAACAUUUAAAGUGACUUUUUAUGGGUAAACAUUUUCUUGUGUGUGUAAGAGGGCAAUAACAAACAGGAGUAUUUGUCUCUGAUAGUUUUGGCUGCAUUAUAUCCUAUUGAAUUUGUACACAAAAUAUUGUUGAGCAUAGUAAUACCACAUCUGAGCAUUUUUUUAAGGAUUUUCCCAUUUCAUAAGAUCAUAUAUCUAUUUUUGUAGACAUUUCAUUACAUUAGCUUAUUACAACAAGGAAGUGUUUAAAGAUAUAAACAUAUAGUACUUUCUGAGUUUCAUUUGAUGCAUUCAUGUAAAAGUAAUAAUGAUGAUAAUAACAGUA